CGAAUAGUCACGCGUAACUUUUAAAGAGUGUGCUACGUAAGUUUUCAGAUUGUUUUGUUGGGCGGAUAUUCUACCUAAAUGUAAUUUCACUUAAAUAGAAAUGCUCUGGUUUGGCAUAAUUAGUAAAUCCACUUUGUCAAUUCGUUAUUAUCCAUGAUAUAAUUCUGGACCGUAUGUAACAAAUGGAGUUUCAUGCAGUGUUCAUAUGUGUAUUAAUCAUAAAUGCUGCUUCGGCAGCUUACGAAGAUGCUCGGUGUAAAUGUGUCUGUUUACUCCCAAGCUCCUAUAUGAAUAAUACUAAAUCAUCAAAGAAGAUAUAUGUGAAAGCGAUUCCUUCUGAGAAAUGUACCUGUGAAUAUAUGUUACAAAACGAUAAAGACCUUUGUCGUUAUUGUGAAUGCAAAUUUCAGGUUAGAAAUACUGCUACCAUAAAAGUUGUUGUUUGCCUUAUUCUAACAGUCAUUACAGCCUUGGUUUUAUAUAUGCUAUUUCUCUUACUACUUGAACCAUUACUAUCUACAAGGCAUUUAUCACAUAAAACAAUAAUUGAUAUGGGAAUAUGUUCAGAACCACAACAGCCAAAUAACUUUACUAUUAAUCAACACAAUAAUAAUGACAAGAUAAAUGAUGCAAGAUCAACUAAUUCAUGGGUUAAUAUAAACAUUCCCGUUAGUAGUAGUAGUCAUGGCGAUUCAGCUGUAUAUUCUAAAGCGAUUGAUAAAGCAGUUAUUUGGGAUAAAACUAAGUUGACUCCUAAACAGUUUAUGGAUUCCAAUUUGAGAAUAAUCACAGCUCCUUCAAAUCGCUGGCGAUUGCGUAAUCGCUCUGGGCUAAUUUCAAAUGAUCAAGUUGAAGAUCCUAAUGGAUUAAAUCUUACCACAAUACCUUCUACAUCUGUUGGAGUAUCUAGUGUUGUAAAUCGUGUUCGAGAUCAACAACAGCGUUGGAAAGGAAAUGUUGAAGCACAACGUACUCGCGUCUUCAGCGAACGUAGUUUACUAAAUUAACAUGUAGUAUAACAAUUUAUUUAAAUCUUUUUUCAUCAGUGAUUUCUUUCCUGACAAUAUAACAUUAGUUAGGAGUCCUGGGUAACUGGUCUGAAACCUAUGUGACUGUUGAUUUUCUCCUAUAUUGUUCAUUAAAAAAUAAAUAAUGGACUAGCUUUAGAAAGCUAAAAUAUAAUUUCUAAAUCUCAUUGGAAUACUGAACUGUGUAUAUAUACAAUAAUUUUUUGGUCAACGUUAUUUAUUUGCUUAAUUGAAACUUUUUAAUCUCAUAUACUUAACUAUUUGUUGCAUAAUCAAACUAACAACUUUUGUUCAUGAUUCGUGGACUUGACUGUAAUUCAUUAAUAUUCAUUAUUCAGUUUUAUCUUACUUUUUCAUUCAAUUGCAAUCACAAGAUGUAAAAUGCAAUUAUUUGUCACGUUAAGAUCUUGUAUUUCACAAUGCUUUGUAAAUAAAUCAAAUGAAUACAUUCUAUCUUAAGAAAUAUAUAAAUCUGUCUAGUGGUC